UAAUGAAUAUACCCCAUGAAUCCCACAAUACCAGGCGAAGGAGUUUUUUUUUUCCGUGGCAGAGCUGGUUGUUUCAAACCUCAGUCAAAGCGAAAGCGAAGUCGCUAUGCGGGGAGAUGUAAGAUGGCAGAGCUGCAAAUGUUGUUAGAGGAAGAAAUUCCAGCCGGCAAAAGAGCUCUUGUAGAGAGUUACCAGAAUCUCACACAAGUAGCAGACUACUGUGAAAACAAUUAUGUUCAGGCCCAGGACAAGAGGAAAGCUCUGGAGGAGACCAAAGCCUACACCACCCAGUCCCUGGCCAGCGUGGCCUACCAGAUCAAUGCCUUAGCCAACAAUGUGCUGCAGCUGCUGGACAUCCAGGCCUCACAGAUGUGCCGAAUGGAGUCCUCAAUCAAUCACAUCUCUCAGACGGUGGACAUCCACAAAGAGAAGGUGGCCAGGCGAGAGAUCGGGAUCCUCACCACCAACAAGAACACAUCGAGGACCCACAAGAUCGUCGCCCCCGGCAACAUAGAGCGGCCGGUGAGGUACAUCAGGAAGCCCAUCGACUACAACGUGCUGGACGACGUUGGCCAUGGGGUCAAGCAGCAUGGAAACAAUCAGCCAAUCAGAGGAGGAGGGGGAGGAGGAACACUAUCGAGGACCAAUCCGCCGACACAGAAACCUCCUAGCCCGCCUCCCAUGACAGGUACCAUGUCAGGGCGUGGAACUCUGGGACGCAGCAUGCCCUGUAAAACUCUGGAGCCGGUGAAACCACCCACAGUGAAACCACCCACAGUGACACCACCCACAGUGCCAAACGACUAUAUGACCAGCCCUGCUCGACUAGGCAGCCAGCAGAGCCCCGGACGCACUGCAUCUCUCAACCAGAGACAAAGAACCCACAGUGGUAGUAGUGGGGGUAGUGGCAGCAGGGAGAACAGCGGGAGCAGCAGUAUUGGCAUUCCCAUGGCCGUGCCUACGCCCUCCAUUCCCAACUCUGGACCAGUCCCGACCAUGUCUGCUCCCCCCGGAGCCCCUCCCCCUCCUCCACCUCCUCCUCCUCUCCCUGGGCAGAGCCCCCCAGUGGCCCCAGUGGCUUCUGCAGCAAUAGCGGUGGCCCCCGGGCCUGGUCUUGGCCCCAUCCCCAUGUCCCAGUUCGGCACCAUCUCGCGGCAGAUCUCACGGCACAACUCUACCACCUCUUCAGUCUCCAUGGUUUCGGCCACGGGCACCUACCGCCGGGCGCCGUCCGUCACCUCCCAGUUCUCCCUGCAGCAGCAGCAGAUACAGCAGCCGUACAUUAACGGGGGAACCUCAACCUACCCCCAGAACUCAACUGCCCCUCCUCCCCCCAUGCCCCAGCUGACUCCACAGAUACCUCUGACAGGCUUUGUGGCCAGGGUGCAGGAGAACAUUGCGGACACCCCUACUCCGCCUCCCCCUCCUCCGCCCGAUGACCUGCCCAUGUUUGAUGAAGCUCCUCCCCCUCCUCCACCGCCACCAGUUGACUACGAGGAAGAGGAAGCGGCUGUAGUUCAGUACAGCGACUCGUAUGCCGAUGGAGACCCCCAGUGGGCGCCCAAGAGCUACAUGCAGAAAGUGGUGGCCAUCUACGACUACAUUGCGGAUAAAAACGACGAGCUGAGCUUCAUGGAGGGAGCCAUCAUCUACAUCAUUAAGAAGAACGAUGAUGGCUGGUUCGAGGGAAUCAGUAGCGGAGUCACGGGCCUGUUCCCCGGCAACUACGUAGAGUCCAUCAUGCACUAAGCUGACUGGAGGGACUCUACUGCACAGCUAUUGUGCUUCUACUACAGACGCCUGACCUUACGAAGGAUAGGGAAGUGCUUUUAGAUAUGACAGAAUGUUUGGUCUCUUACUAAUUGCAAAUAAAUCAAAAUACAAAAUA